ACCGCCAGAGAGAAUGUCAAACCUGUACAAAUUUCCACAAAGAAGAAGCAGAGCGGAAGACGUUAGCAUGGUAGCAAGUUCCUUGUUUGCAUGAAAGCGUCAUGGCGGAGUUAAACCGGCAGCUGCAGGAGUAUUUAGCUCAGUCCAAAGGCGGUGGUGCCGCCAAGACAAUCUCUCAGUCUCGCUCAAGUACCACGGUGGAGAUAGGCGACGCGCAGCCAGUCCCUGGAAGUUGGUUCGGCCAGUGGUCCAGUCCGUGGUCCGGAAGCCGUGGGAGUAAUGCUGCGGCCCAGAGCUCCAGUAUCAGUUGGCCGUGGUCAGCUGAGCCGGACCCCUGCCUGCCCGGCAUUUCUCGCCGCCAACGGCUGGCGAUAUUCGGGAUGUUAGCGGCAUUGUCGGCGCUGUGCUUCGGUUUGUCGUUCUUGUACGCGCCCUUGUUGCUGCUCUACGCCCGCAAGUUUGCACUGCUAUGGUCGCUCGGUUCACUUUUCGCCAUUGCGGCCGCUGCAGUGCUCCGUGGACCCAGCAAGCUGGUCGCCGGCCUGCCCACCUCGCCCGGAGCUGCCGUGUACCUGUGCGCCCUCGGAGGGACUCUGUAUGCCGCGUUGAGCCUUCACAGCACCGCGCUGACCGCACUCGGAGCCGCAGCGCAGGUCACCGCUAUCGUCGGCUACGUUGUGUCGCUGCUUCCCGGAGGAAGUGCCGGGAUCCGCUUCAUGGGAGGGAUGGCGGCGUCCGCUAUUAAAAGGACAGUGAGCGGCAAAACUAUGCCAAUAUGACGUCACGGACCCUGUGAGCUUCGAUUGGUGCUGAUGUCACAACCAGCAGUUUUGAUGGUUGACAUUUGAAGUGUGAAUGUUUAUUACAUCAUGAAAACAUUUCUUACAAAAAGCAACAAGGAAAGUGGAGACUUUGACGGCUGAAGAUACUGACCAGUCACAUGACCAGUGUCACAUGGCCUGCUUUCACUCAGCUGAUUCACAGCAGCACUUUGACAGUCACAUCAAGGGGAAGGGGGCAAAGUCCGGGACUACCGGCCCCGACCACCACCCCGCAUCACACCUCUUGGUGGAGGGGCUCCUCUCCUUAGCGCUGGACCCCACCCACCCCGUCCUCCUCUCCCCGGUGGACCAUAACCACCUUCGUCCCUCUGAGGAGGUCGUCCUGGGUCGGGGGGACACAGCAGAGCCCACGUCAACACAUUCUUGAUAUAAUCAUUAUCUACGAUGAUCAUUAUUGAUGAUUUAAUUGAGGAUGAUACUUAGUGAUAAUGAUCUUUAUAAAAGUUGAGUGAUUAAUAAAUGAAAUGUUUCUCAGAUGUACAUGUUUUUGUGAGUAAAAGAAAAGUAACACUUGAAAUGUGUUGUGCAAAUUUUAACAAAAGUCACCUGUGUCGGCGGCGGGCAACUCUCGCUCUCGAGGGUCUGCAGUUCCCGGGCCGUCCUGCCAUGGUCUUUUUCUUGGCGGCAGAGAUGCCAUGUCCAUCCCCUGGAGAGACAAAGAGCGCUCACGGCCCACAGGGGACGUCCCAUCAUGCAACUGGGGACCAUCACGAUAGCCAUCGUGACCUGAGGACAUUCAACAUGUUUCAUUGAUAUCGAGGUUGCCAUGUGGGCAUGGCCGAGAUUAUCGUCUAAUUGAAAUUACCCCCUCCUCUGGGGGGUCCGCCGCCUCGUGGUCUUCCCCGGCCUCCGGUGUCCCAGCUUCUCACAUCUUCAGAGCCAUCAAAGCCUUCCUCCUUGCUCCCGUACUCAUCCUGGUAACCUCGACCUCCAGGUCGACCUGGACCGCCUCUAAAUCUGAAGCAUUAAGGUUUGAGUUUUUGUGUCUGAGUCAAAGAAGCAACAGCUCACACUCACCUGUCAUCUCGUCGCCCUCUGAACUCCCCUGAGUCUCGGGGGGGCCUGUCAUCGGUGCCCCAGUUACCGCCGCUACCUCCUCGGUGACCGCUCCCGCUGCUGUGCCCCCCACCUCCCUGGUAGGCGGGUCCGUGUCUCCAUCCCUCCUCUCCUCGUCCAUGGAACUUCUGGUUCACGUCAAAGUCCUGCGUCCCGUGUCGGCCUUGCUGAUUGUCCCCCCAGUAAUGUCCCUGGUCGGGCCCCCCGGCGCCUUGGCGUUCCGGAGGCCCCAUGAGGUGGUUUGGUGAUGGCCCCCGAGGGUCUGGUUGGAUAAAAGAAAUGCCAGAAACUCAGAACCGUGUUUUUGUCUUUGACUCUUAUCCAAAGACUAUGUCCAUAUAACAAUCUUCAUCCACACGAGUGCUGUUCCAAAACAAUCUGUGCACAUGGAAACAUUCACCGACCAUUAAUAUUUUGCCUAAUCAGAAGCCCAAAAAGCUGCUACAGCGGACUUGAUGUUCUUCUCAGCCUUUCCCGGUCCCACAACCUCUAUUGACCCUCUAUCCCUGUACUAGUUUUUUUCUGGCUCAACCCAACAGACGCCCCACAAAGCCUGGGUAAUGAUCAAGGGAGUUUUUCUUUGCCUUUGUCACCAAGUGCUUGCUCAUGUGAUGUUCAGUUGGUUUUCUUACUGUGUGAUGUAUCACUUUUAAA